GUCGGUGAGCUCCUGCGCUGAGGGCCUUUUUUCCGCUGCUCUCGGGUCGACAUGGAUCUCGUCUCCAGGGAUUCAUACUUUCAGAAGUUCGCGAGUAAAGUUUUAUCUCAACCGGACCGCGAGCCGAAGAAGAGACCGUUUGCUCACUUCAAGGGCAAAUCUAGUAUCGGUCCUCCUCCUCCGAAGAAAAAGGGUAAGAAGAAACAUUCCAAAGAAAAUGGCUCCAAUGUGAAGUCCCGGCCCGGGCCGCCCCCCUCAGCCGCGGCACAGAACCGUCCGGCCACAGCCAAGCCCAAUGGGUCCAAAGCUCCCAGCACGAAUGGAUCUGCAACGCAGGCGCCCAAAGAGUCCACCUUUUCCACGCUAGAUAUACUACGCAGGAGACUUCACGAGAAGAUCGAAGAGUCCAGAGGACAGAGCGCUCCAAAGGAUGCGUUAUCAGAGGAAGUCCAGGCAAAGCGAGGAAAGCGAAAGCAGGAGCGCGAGCGCAGGAAGAAGAAGAAGAAAGAGUUUCUGCUGAAGAAAUUGGCAGAAGAAAGCGCCCGACAGCAGCAGGCGGAGAUAAAGCCGGAAGCGAAGCCCGCCCCGGCCGCCAGCAAGAGAAACGAAACCGCCAUCGUGUUCAACAAGGUGGAGACCGUGGAGGAGGGCUACGUAGACAAAAUGCAGAAGAAGAAGAUGAAGAAGCAGAGCACGAAGGGCCAGUUAACGCCGCUGACGGGGAAGAACUACAAGCAGCUGCUCGGCCGCGUCGAGGCCCGCAAGGCCAAGCUGGAGCAGCUGCGGGAGAAGGACGAGGGGAAGGCCCGCGAGAUGGAGGAGAAGAUGAAGUGGACCAACGUGCUCUACAAGGCCGAGGGCCUGAAGAUCAAGGACGACGAGGUCAUGCUGCGCUCCUCGCUGAGGAAGAAGGAGAAGGGCCGCGAGCAGCGGAAGACGCAGUGGAACGCGCGCAGCGAGAACGUCGUGGAGAAGAUGCAGCAUCGCCAGGACAAGCGGCGCAAGAACCUCCAGAAGCAGAAGCACGCCAAGGCGGAGAAGAAGAAGGACCGGGCGAGGAAGAAAGGCAGGGUGCUGCCCGAGGACUUGAAAAAAGCUUCGGCGUGAGGGAGGGACUGUGCGCUGCGUCGCAUUUCACCAAACAGCUCAACCUCCGACAAAGUUUUAUGGUUUGGAGGAAAUAGUCUCUUUUUUUUUAAACAGCAGAAAUAUUGGUUUUCUGGACACGACAAGCGCGGCGGCAUGUAUUGCACCUUCAUUCCUUUAAAGGAGUUUGUGCGUGUGUGUACACGUGUGUAGUGUUCAAUAAAAUGUGCUAUGGUAAAUAUGCUUAUUUGAUUUCAGGUGGAUGAGAAGACUACGCGAAUAUUCUCAGUAUCAAAAAGCCGAUUAACUUAACAGGCUUGAAAUAUGGUCUAAAUGAGGAAAAUGUUUGUCUCGCAGCGGUUUUUAAAAACAUUUGCUGUGAAAUA